ACAUGGUAGACUUUGUGAUUCUUUGUACGGGAAGGUUUAGCAAUUAUCCCAACAUACCCAAUUUCCCUCCUGGUAGAGGCCCAGAAGCAUUUGAUGGGAAAGUGAUCCACUCCAUGGACUACUCCAAAAUGGGUAGUGAGAAAGCUAAGGAGAUGAUCAAGGACAAGUGUGUGACUGUCGUUGGCUAUGGAAAUUCAGCCCUUGACAUUGCUAAUGAAUGCGCAAAAGUAAACGGUAUGGAGAAACCAUGCACAAUGGUAGUCCGAACCAAGCAAUGGAUCAUACCGAACUUCUAUGCUUGGGGUAUUAACAUAUCAAAUUUCUAUCUAACUCGUUUUGCUGAACUCCUUAUUCACAAGCCCGGUGAAGGUUUCCUCCUUAGCAUAUUAGCUACCGUCUUGACUCCAUUGAGGUUGAUGAUUUCAAAGUUUGCUGAGAGCUACUACUCCAUUCCAAUGAAGAAGCAUGACAUGGUGCCUGACCACAGCUUUUUUGAGGGGAUGGUGGGAUGUAUGCUUUCCACUACACCCAAGGAUCAUUACAAGAAUCUAGAGGAAGGCAUCAUCGUUAUUAGAAAGUCGAAGACCUUUGGCUUUUGCAAAGAAGGUGUGCUCGUUGAAGGUGAAUCUACGUUGGUAAAGAGUGACAUAGUUAUCUUCGGAACAGGAUUCAAUGGUGAUCAAAACAUCAAGGACAUGUUCAUGUCAAAGUACUUUCAUACUAUCAUCGUUGGUUCAACAUCCACAACUGCACAACUUUAUAGGUCAUCACUUUACUAGACAUAUUUUUUACGUACUUCAAGUCUUUAUUGAAAAAUUUAUUUAA